AUGUGGCCUUUAGGAUUGUCAUUGCUCCUGCUUCAAGGCUUGCCAUGCAACGAUGCGGCGUGGUAUUACACGAGUGCUGGUGGACACGAGUUCAAUUACGGUUAUGGGCUGGCAGACCUUCCAUGGUGGAGAAUCGCGCUUCUUGUCGUCGCGUCCGUCGCAUGCGUUACGCUUAUUGUGCUCGUCGGCUACCGCUUCUGUUACGUACAGAAAGAAACCGACGAGGAAGUUGUCGAAGGUGGGGGAGUGAAGGUGCACGUCUUUCCGCGCGUCAUGAAGGAGACCCAAGCUCCUCCCGCGAGUAAUGCUGUGUAG